UCUCUGUUUCUUCUGAGCAGCCGGAUCAGGGAGGGCUCCCCCUAUGGACACAUCCCGAACUGGCGCCUCCUGUCCGUCAUUGUGAAGUGUGGCGACGACCUGCGACAGGAGCUGCUGGCCUUCCAAGUGCUGAAGCAGCUGCUGUCUAUCUGGGAGCAGGAGCGGGUGCCCCUCUGGAUCAAGCCCUAUAAGAUCUUGGUGAUCUCAUCGGACAGUGGGAUGAUCGAGCCAGUGGUGAACGCUGUGUCGAUCCACCAGGUGAAGAAGCAGUCCCAGCUCUCCCUGCUCGACUACUUCCUGCAGGAACACGGCAACUACACCACUGAGGCCUUCCUCACAGCGCAGAGGAACUUCGUGCAGAGCUGCGCUGGCUACUGCCUCAUCUGCUACCUGCUGCAGGUCAAAGACAGGCACAACGGCAAUAUCCUGCUGGACUCAGAGGGCCACAUCAUACACAUAGACUUUGGCUUCAUCCUCUCCAGCUCUCCACGCAACCUGGGCUUCGAGACCUCCGCCUUCAAACUGACUAGCGAAUUUGUGGACGUGAUGGGUGGUCUGGAUGGAGACAUGUUUAACUACUAUAAGAUGCUGAUGCUGCAAGGACUCAUCGCGGCACGCAAACACAUGGAGAAAGUGGUGCAGAUUGUGGAAAUCAUGCAGCAAGGCUCCCACCUGCCCUGCUUCCACGGCUCCAGCACUGUCCGGAACCUGAAGGAGCGUUUCCACAUGAACCUGCCGGAGGAACAGCUGCAGGUCCUGGUGGAGCAAAUGGUGGACGGCAGCAUGCGCUCCAUCACCACCAAACUGUACGAUGGCUUCCAGUACCUGACCAACGGGAUCAUGUGAGCCCCCCCAUCCCCCGCGCCCCCCCCCCCCCAUCACCAAACUGUACAGCGGCUUCCAGUACCUGACCAACGGGAUCAUGUGAGCCCCCCCCCUCCGCCCCUCCGCCAAGCAGCCCCCUGAACGAGAAGCCUUGUGCUUGUAUCCCAGGACCGUGGCUGGUUUCACAGGCCUGAUUUAACGCUGAGUGGGUUGUGAAACCAGCCCUUGUAAAAGGACAAGGAUCUGAUUUGAUGGGGAUUUUGCUUCGAAAUGUGUGUUUGCAAACACAAGGCAGUUCCAUUAAAUGUGGAGGAACGUCCAUAGGAACUGGAUGUACGCACAGGAAUACAUGCAUUGAUUGAGUAGGGGGCGAUUGUUGCUUGUUUUGACCACUCAGACCACUAGCUUGCUGGAUUCACAUUGUAUCUUAAUGUAUGUCCUUGAAUAGUCAGGCAGCUCCUGUUUAUAGCCAUGCUAUAGAUCAUGUUUUUUCAUUGUAUUUACUGGCCUCUUUGCAAUUGUAUGAUGUUUGCAGUCUGUGAUUCUCACUGUACUUGCAUAUUAUGGGUUUGUUUGGAAGUCUGAUAAGUUGCUUUGAGUUCAGGAGCUGCUCUGCAGUUUUAGCUGCCCCCAGUUGACAUGUAUAAUGUCUUUUAUAUUAGUAAGCGCCAUCUAGUGCACAGCUGUGUAUUUCCAGUAAUGCACAAUCUCAAUCUGAAGUGUGUGCUCACUGGAUGGGCUAUGGUACAGGAACUGGUACUGAAGAGCAGCUCCUGAACUCGGCUUAAAGCAAAAACUGCAAUAAGAACCAGUCCAGAUAUUAGCAAGUAACAAAGUCAAAGGGAGCAGUUUGCUUCACAGGAAGGUAAAUCACAUCUUGGGGGUAAAUUCUUUGGAGCAUGUUUUGUACUUUUCAGUAUUAAGGUCGUGGCUCAUGGCUCUAGGAGGACAGGUUUGUUCUUUGGCUGGCCUAGUUUUCAGUGCUGUUCAGGGAAGGCAUUUAGUGAGCAAGGGCUCUGUCCUGGGGGUGAGAGGGCAGCAAGGGCUCCGUCUGGGGGUGAGAGGGCAGCAAGGGCUCCGUCUGGGGGUGAGAGGAGCACAAUCCCCCUCUUCUUUGUAUAUACUCAUAUGUUUGAAUACAGCAAACAUCCCCACACCUGACUCUGCAGAAGCAAUGCUGCAGCAGCAGCUCCACUUCCCAAUAACACGAGAACCGAGAUCUCCAACGAGUGGAAUCACACAACGGGACGGGGCGAUUCCUCCAGGGGGCUGGAGACCAGGACCUCUUUAACAGACACUAAGACACUCUGAUUUGCUGAAGACUUAAGUGUUUCUUUUAUAUUUUAGUGGAGCUGAACCUUUCAAAAAGGAUUAACUGCUGGUUUUAAGUGACGGCCGACUAUAGAUUGGGGAGGGGGGGACCCUACCGAGUAGCUGCAAGCUGCCGCAGUGUGGACAUCGGAACUUGAUUUGGAGGUGUGGUUCUUAUUUUUUUUUUUUAAAGGAGGGGGGAGAAGUCAACCCAGUGCCCUGAAAAAAGGGCUUCAAUGGGAUCAUUCAACCACAACCCACCCCCCUUCCUACAGACCCAGCAUUAGAACUCCUCUUCUGUACCCCUUCAGUGUUUGUUUGUUUUUACCCCUCUUGUAGAAACUACACAGGAGAAGACAAUGUGAUUUUCUUUUUGUUCCACUUCACCUUUGGAUUUGUUUUAAGUGUUUGUGCAAGGACCAGCCCAGGAUCAUGUGACUGAGGACCUCCCUUUAACUUGUGAAUGUUUCUUUGUAUAAUAAAUUAAACUACUUGUC